UCUCCAAUUAGUUCAACAGAGAGAAAGAAGAAAGGUGAAGUGAGCUUUGUGAUCUAAAAAUCAAUGGCUACAAUCAAUGGCUUGACCUCACCUCAGCCCUUUCUCUCUCUACCAAAGCCCAGCCCAAAGCCCAACCCAAAGCCCUUAUUCUUAUCCAAAGGUCUAAAACAACAGAGGGACUGGGCUGUAGUGGGCUCGGUGGGUAACGAAACCGACUUGAUUCCGGUCCAAAGUAACGACACUAUAGACCAACAAAACGGUGUCGUAAGUGGGUUUGGAAAUGAAGGGAUGUUAUCAUUUGAAGGUGCUGGUGGAUUUGCUUCUUCAAGUGGUGUUGGUGGGCCCAAUGGGGAAGAUAAAGAGGAUAUGGAGAAAUUAAUUGAUAGGGCUAUAAAUGCAACUAUUGUUUUAGCUGCUGGAUCUUUUGCUAUUACUAAGUUGCUCACUAUUGACCAUGAUUACUGGCAUGGUUGGACCUUAUUUGAGAUAUUGAGAUAUGCACCUCAGCACAACUGGGUUGCAUAUGAGGAAGCCCUUAAAAGAAAUCCAGUUUUGGCUAAGAUGGUUAUCAGUGGAGUGGUUUACUCUGUUGGAGAUUGGAUUGCACAGUGCUAUGAAGGGAAGCCUCUUUUCGACAUUGAUCGUGGACGUAUGUUGAGAUCAGGCUUAGUUGGAUUCACGCUACAUGGAUCCCUCUCUCAUUAUUAUUAUCAGUUCUGUGAGGCACUGUUUCCGUUCGAAGAUUGGUGGGUGGUUCCUGCCAAGGUUGCCUUUGAUCAAACUGUUUGGUCAGCAAUUUGGAACAGCAUCUACUUCACAGUUUUGGGAAUUUUACGUCUUGAAUCCCCUCUUGCCAUUUUCAGUGAAUUGAAGGCUACAUUCUUCCCAAUGUUGACUGCUGGUUGGAAGCUGUGGCCCUUUGCUCAUCUAAUUACGUAUGGUGUGGUUCCGGUUGAACAAAGGCUUCUUUGGGUUGACUGUGUAGAACUCAUUUGGGUGACAAUACUCUCAACUUAUUCAAAUGAGAAAUCAGAAGCUAGAGUCUCUGAGGCAUCAGUAGAAGCAGAUGUGCAACCUCCCUCAAUAGGUCCACCACAGGAGUAAAUGAACGGAAGAGCAAAGACACGAUAAUGAUUCGAGGAAAUAUAAAGGAUCUUGAUUGAGAGGGCGGACCAUUAAUGCGAAAUGUAUAGCUUUGAGGUGAUAUAGCUGUGGAUACUUGCUGCUCUCGGAAACAUCCUCUUGAGAUACUCGUUUAUGAUUUGUGCAUACUGCACGCAGCCCUGCUUUCUCCGUGUAUGUACACUAAUUCUUUUGUAAUAAUUGUAAAAUAGUGCAAUCUCGAGCUCGAAUGUUCGUGCUGAAGUUUCAACUGAAACUUCCAUAAAUAGAAGUAUAGCUUAUAACA